AUGCAGACACGUAGCUAUUGAGGUGCCAAAUCGACCAGAAUACGCUUUUGCGUGCAUAGCUAGAGAGCUCAAGCUUAGCGCAGAUCGUCUUUUUUCACGCCCAAGCGUGUGCCUGUGAUCUAGCUAUAGCGCAACCUUUCGUACAGCUAUAGAACAACCGUGAGCUUGUUUUCUUGUAGUGUGACGCCCGUUGAAGGAUCUUGUGCGAUUUGUAAGGAUCUUGUAGAUCCUUUUCACUAUUUCAGAAGCGUGUAUCAAGCAGUGUGCAGGGGCGCGUGUGCGCUGAAAAAUCCUACAGCUGGCAUAUCGACUCUGGACAUUCGAACAAGGCUGCGUAUCUCUGAAGCAGAACUAGCCAUCGUCCAAAGAGAAGUAGCGGAUCUUAUCUCGGAGAAGGACCAACUGGAGUCUAAUGCGAGGCUCUACGAAGACAGCUGGAAAUUUGCAGUACAGGAGUGUGGUAGGAUCGUGGAGCAGAGAGAUGAUCUACAGAGAAAGCUACUGAGUCUUGAGAAUGCACUGUCUACAGCGCGCCACCAAGAGAACCACAAAGACAGUAAGAAGAAGAAGGUGACAAAGGCAGACCUGGACCAGUGCAAGACAGCUCUCGAGACGCAGACCAGAGUCGCGGAGACACUGGAGCACGAGAGAGAUCAGGCCUACGACGACUACCAAUUUGCUCAGGCCCAGCUCCAUACGUUGAUGCACCAGUACCAACAGCUGUCCAACGUGUGCUCGGAAGUGGCUCGAGAACGAGACAAGGCCAGGGCAGAGGCUGCACUACUCAGAGACGAGAUCCACCAUUAUGAGGCAGAGACAGAGUCGCAGGUUAUAUCACUGUCUCGAUCGGCAAGCUCAAGGAAAAUGAGUGAGAGUGACGCGCCUCGUGUAUCGAGGACCAGUCUAUCUCGGGAAGAGACGGAGCUACUGGUUGGAGAUGGGCCCUCUGAGGAUCUGCCACCAGAGGACCAGGUGAAGGAGCUGAGGGAAGAGCGAGACCUGCUGAGGACCAUGUAUGAUAUGUUGUUGAAGCGGUCGGAGCAGUACCAGAGGCAGGUCCAGCGAGCAGACGAAGAGAGAAGACAGGCGCUGGCUACCUCCGAGGCUCUCACAGCAGUCUGGCAGAAGAAGUUUGAGAAGGCCGAGCAAGUGCAGCAUGAUCUGGCUCUGGAGCUUCGCUCGGCAGAGAAUCGCAUCAAGCACCUCUCCCAGCAACUAGCACUGUCCAGGUUGCAAGGAGGGGAUGGUCCAAGGCAUUCUCCAUCAGAGGGAGAGCUGGCCAAGAUUUCAGUCCACAACUCUAGUUCCUCGCACGAGGAAGGAAAGUUCUCGCAGCCUCAACGAACUGCCUCCUUUCACGGCUCUUUCAGCAACAGUACUACAGGUAUAUAUUAUAGUUACACCACUGUCUUGAUUAAUGUCUUAUGAAUUGACAGCUGUUUUUCUUCUAUAUAUAGCUCCUUAUACCCACAAUUCCAGCAAGGCCUCACUGACGAAAAAGCCGUCUCGCAGCAGUGGAAGUAUAAAUAAGGUGUUGUCCAGAGAUCGCCAGACAAUCUCUACCAGUAGCACGUCUAGCUCCCACGAGCCCCUAAGUCUGCGCAGCGACCACUCCACUCACUCAAACAAAAGGAACCAGAGAAUGGAAUACUCUGAUUACGGGGCUGGAACCGGUAGUAGUCAGAGUACUGAAGAUGAAGCUAGCUGGAUAUAAGUGUGUGUUUUUGUUUUGUAAGGUUGUCUGUAUUUUUUUAAAUUGG